AUGAUACUUAUUGAGCCAUUUCAUCUCGCUGUAAAAGAAAUUAUUCUUGCGCAGCUUAAAGCAUACAGGGAACGUCAACAAAAUCCCGAUUCAGCUACUAAACCAUCUAAGUUGUUUGCCAAAGUGGCUGAUUUUGAUGGUGUUCUAUAUUCGAUUGUUCAAGAGGACGGGAGCAAUAUUCUUUCUGUCAGUAUUUCACUCUCUUUCUUUAAAGAAAUCGAGCAGUUUGGGGAUUCAAAGUUGCUUUCACGGGAAUACGGAGAAUAUCUAAAACCUAUUGCAGACUCUGGAUGUAAUGUAACCCUAGAAUUCGAUUGUAAAAAAUUGCCUGAUAAUAUUGAAUCGAUUGCAACCAAGGCUGCACUUCUUCGAAGAAAUUGCUUUGCCAGCGUAUUCGAGUACUUUUUUGACUACCAAGUUGCUAAUGCGAGCAAUUCUUCUGCUAAAACUAUCCAAGGCACCAUUCACUUCAGAUCUGAUGAGACUAUGUUUGUCCAGGCAAUGUCUGACAGAGUGACUGUCAUCUUCAGUACAAGAUUCAAGGACGCCGAUGAUGUCGUUCUUGGAAAAGUCUUCCUUCAGGAAUUCUCUGAAGUCAAGCGUCGUUUCGAUGGUGCUCCCCAGGUCAUCUACCAACACCGAGAUCCACCCAAAGAACUUCAAGGCACCGGAGCAGCAUCUGGGGACAGUGUGGCCUAUGUGACCUUCGUGCUCUCUUCGCGUCACACGUCAAUGGCCAAUAGAGGAAAGACAAUAGAUUUGAUUCAUCUCAUGCGAACCUACAUGCACUACCAUAUCAAGUGCAUGAAAGCCUAUCUUCAGAUGCGAAUGCGGGCUAAAACAGCUGAUUUUCUGAAAAUUUUGAAUCGCGCACAUCCAGCGGCUGAUGCAACUGGAAGUAGAAACUACUGUAUCAAUGUUUCCGAUUCAUCAUCGGGAAUUCGAAUGCUGACUACAUCACCUAGGUAA